UUUUUAGAGAGAGAAUUUGAAAGACUUGGGAAAAGGGAGAGACGUGCGAGGGAAUUGGCGAUUGGUUUUUCGAGAUUUCGGCUGUGAGAAAGAAACCCAACUCAAAAAGUCCUGAUUUUUGCAAUUAUAUAUAUUAGAUUAUAAUUCUCGAAGAGAGAGAGAGAAAGAUAAAUACUUCUCUUCAUUUUCUUCUCCGUUAUCCAAAUACCCGAAUACCCUUUUCAUCCUUCCUUUAUUCUCUCUUUUUUUCAGAUCUUUUCCGGGUGAUUUCUUCGCCAAAUCCCGUUUCUAAAUCUGUUUUCAACUUAAUCUCCUCUUUGUAUUAUAUUUGAUUGAUUUCAUUAUUUAAACUUUUGUGAUUUCAUUUUGAUUUUCUUUCUGUUUUUAUUUGAUUUAUUUUUCAUUCUUUUGCCAAAGUUUAAAAAGAGUCUCGAAAAGCUCUUUCCAGGAAACAAAAAGGGUACUUCGAAUUUUGUAUCUUUGUUGCCUGAUUUUUCUAUUCCUUUUGUGGGUAUUGAGAUUUUCUGUAUUGGGUUUGCCCCCUUUUUGUUUUUGUUCAAAACUGGGGUGGUGCUAAUCACUUAAGAGGAUCAGAGAAUUGAGCGAUUUCGUUCUAUUGAUUUUCGGGAUUCUUUCUUCUUGGUUUAUGUAAGGCCUCACAAAAGGGGUUUGAUGAUUGCUGAUGAUUGAAGCAAGUUGGAUAUUGAAUGUGUUGAAAUUUAGAAGGGCUGUUUCUUUCCUUUCAGUACUUGCUGGGGAUUGAAGAAGAAACAGCCUGGGGUUAUGAUUAAAGUGGAUGUUGGAGAAUUGGUGAUUCUUGUAUUUUGGGUAUCGAGUAUUUUGCUUACUUUGUUUCUGGGGAUGAGGAAUGAUGGAGCUCUGAAACAACAGGGAACCGUAGCCCGCUCUGGGCGGGCUCAUGAGUUCUUAUCAAGUUCCUUUCGUGCUUUUUCUAGUUACAUGAAGAUUGUUUCUGCUGGUGCAUCCACUGUUGCUCGGUCGGCUGCUUCAGUGGCAUCUUCUUUAGUGGAUAAGGAUGAUGAAGCAAAUGGAUUCCAGGUGAAUUGGGCUGGCUUUGACAAAUUAGAGUGGGACGACAAUGCCAUUCGACAGGUUCUUCUGUUGGGUUUUCGUUCUGGUUUCCAGGUUUGGGAUGUUGAGGAAGCAAAUAAUGUCCAAGACCUUGUUUCUCGGUAUGAUGGUUCUGUUUCAUACAUGCAAGUGUUACCCAGACCAAUACCAUCAAUGAGACCAGGAGAUAAGUUUGCAGAAAGUAGGCCUUUGCUGGUACUUUCUGCUUAUGGUUCCAUUGCUGCUGCUUUUAAUGUUCAGGAUCGAUUAGCCUCUUCAGGCAAUGCAGCCAUCCCAAAAGGCCAGGAACUAGUAGAUGGCAAUUUGAUGCCUACAUUUGUUAGGUUUUAUUCCUUGAAAUCUCAAACAUACGUGCACGAGCUCAAAUUUAGAUCAGCUGUUUAUUCUGUUAGAUGCAGCCCCCUGGUUGUUGCCAUUUCUCUGGCAACUCAGGUACACUGCAUCAAUGCUACAACUUUGGAGAAGGAACAUAUCAUACUUACAAAUCCUGUUGUUUCCGGGAUUCCUGGAUCAGGAGGAGGUAUAGGUUAUGGACCCCUCGCAGUGGGUCCCAGAUGGCUGGCUUAUAGUGGAAAUCUGAUCAUGGUGUCAAAUACAGGAAGAGUGAUUCCACAGCAUUUAAAACCUUCUGCUAGUUUUUCUCAUUCAGCUUCAAAUGGAAGUUUAGUUGCUCACUAUGCAAAGGAGUCGAGUAAGCAACUUGCAGCAGGCAUUGUUACCCUUGGUGACAAGGGUAUUAAGAAGUUAUCGAGGUAUUACUCCGAGCUCUUACCCGAAAGUAACAACUCUCUUCAAUCAGGUGGUCAGGGUUUGAAGGGUAUUGGAGCUCUUAAUGGCCAUGCAGCAGAUGCAGAUAGUGUUGGAAUGGUUAUUGUGAAAGACAUUAUUAGCAAAGUGGUCAUCACCCAGUUUAAGGCACAUAAGAGCCCGAUUUCUGCCUUAUGCUUUGAUCCAAGUGGCACCAUCCUGGUGACGGCUUCUGUUCAGGGUCAUAGCAUAAAUGUUUUCAAAAUUAUGCCAAGUUCCAGUUCAAAUUCAUCUGAAUCUAGUACUUCUGCAUCUUAUAGCCAUCUGUACAGACUCCAAAGAGGCUUUACUAAUGCAGUCAUACAAGACAUCAGUUUCAGCUAUGAUAGCAACUGGAUCAUGGUUAGUUCCUCUAGAGGGACAAGCCAUCUCUUUGCUAUAAACCCUGCUGGGGGACAGGUGAAUUUCCCAUCUGCUGACAUCAGUUCUAUUACUAGAAAUGGUGGGCCGGUGGUUCCUGCAAGACAAACUGUUCGACGAGUUGAUUAUGGUUUACACAUGCCUAGUAAACAAAACCAAUGUGCUACUGGUAGUCCACUUACACUUUCUGCUGUUACUAGAAUACAUCAUGGAAAUAAUGGUUGGCGAGGCACUGUUAGUAGUGCUGCAGCUGCUGCAACUGGUAGAAUGGGUACUGUUUCAGGAGCUAUUGCUUCAGCUUUCCACGAGUGCAAGGGAAAUGCUGUGCAUGUGGACAGUGGGUCUUCUGAGGUUAGGUACCACAUAUUAGUUUUCUCUCCAUCUGGCAGUAUGAUACAGUAUGCAUUGCGAGUGGGUUUAGAUUCAACCAAAGUUUUGCCUAGAUCUAGCAUGGCUCUUGAAUUAGUCCCCGAGCUGGAUGCAAGACUAGUAGUUGAAGCUAUCCAGAAAUGGAAUAUAUCUCAGAAACAAAACCGUAGGGCUCAAGAUAAUAGUGUUGACAUAUACGGUGACAAUGGAGGCUUUGAUUGCAAUAAAAAUUAUUGUGAAGAAAUGAAUGAGAAUCCUGUCCUUGAAGCUACUGGCAAUGUCUUUAAGGCAAAGACUUGCAGGGAGGAACAAUACCACCUGUAUAUUUCAGAAGCAGAACUGCAGAUGCAUGGUACUCAUACUCCGCUGUGGACAAAAUCUGAGAUAUAUUUUCAAGUGAUGGCAAAAGAUGGAGUCCAUGUUGAUGAAUUCAAUCAUCCUGGAGAACUCGAAAUUGAAAGGAUCCCCACCCGUAUGAUUGAAGCUAGGUCAAAAGACCUAGUUCCAGUUUUUGACUAUCUUCAGUCAUCCAAAAUUUCGCAGCCAAGGUAUUUAAAUAGCAAUAGUGACCAGCUGUUGCUGCACCAGAAAUCAGGCCAAUUUGAAAAUGGAAGGCAAUCAUGGAGGAGUGACGCGAGUCCCCAUGGCUCUGUUGUUGGCAAACCUGAAGUAACUGAUAGGCAUGGUUACAAGAUGGUGACAGAAACCAAGGGCAUUGUAAAUGAGUAUGAAUGCCCAAGGUCACAAACCCAUCUCAAUAAUGUAAAUAAUUGUACAGAGAGCUUAAGCAUGGAGUCUCAACCCAAAUCUGUAAAUAAUCAUCAUAAAAGUGGCCUCAGGUUGGAGAAUCAUUUUGAAGACCUAGGUGAUGAGUUUGAAUAGGGUGGAGAAUCAUUUUGAAGACCUAGGUCAACUCUCAUCUCUCUAGUUAAUACUCGAUCUUGUUGAUGAAGUGUUAGCCCAUAACAAUGGUGUUUUUUUUUUAGUCAUCACUCUGGUUUUCUGUUUAUUCUUUUAUUUCUCCUGGAAGCUUUAUUUAUGGGUGUAUAUGGGAAAUGUAGAGAAGAGUUAAGAUGGAGAAAUGUGGAUACAGUGUUUUAAUGGGCUUUCAUUUAAUGGUCCCUUUGUAAAUAACACAGUUAUAUGAUCCCCACUCCAACUAGCAGUUUUAUAAUGUAAAUAAUAGAACUGCCAUUAUAACUGACUGGAUAUUAAAUUAUGAAUCAUUUGAAUGUGAUUCACUGUGUACACAGUGAACAUGAGCAUUUAUGUUA